AUGUUAAAAACCUUUUACGUAAUUUCACUAGUUAUUGCAUUAAGCCUGUUCUUAGGACUAUUCUUUGGUUUAGGAUAUCCAGAAAUCAAAAGGGCAGAAUAUAUCUCUACAACAUGUACAAUCACCAACGAGACCAUUACAUCCAGAUACUGCUGCUAUAGAGAUUGCGAUUUUACUUGCCAAAAUGCACCCUCUUCAUCACCUAGUUGCUCAUCACUUGAAUCUCGUUGGAAUGCAUUUUCACCUACUAAAUGUGCUACUGCUUUGAAGGCAAAUAAUUCUCAAAAUAUAGAUGAUUAUUGUCCUAUUGAUGGACCUCAAGCAACUUGUGAUAAUGGAUAUUAUUGUUGUGAUGAAUGUUGUCAAAAAUGUACAAGUUGUAGUAAUAACAAUACUUGUACUACAUAUAGUUGCAACUGCUCGUGUUGUAACUAUACAAAUCAUCAAUCCUGUCAGAUUAAAUGCCCCGAAUGUUAUACCUUGAAGUUAAUGGUGCAGUAUCCUAUUUGGGGAGGUAAAACUAUAACUUCUAAUAUUUCUGUCGAUUAUGAUCAGUCCAUAACGGAUGCACAAAAUUAUAUUACAACACAUCCUGUAGAAUCCAAUGUGCGAUGUUAUUACAAUCCUGAAAAUCCUUUGCAAGUUUUAUUAUCUAUAGAUUACUCAGUUCGAACUUGGGUUUUAGUUGGAAUAAGUGCAUUCAUUCUUUUUGUAAUGCUUGCAAUUGGGACCUAUUACAUCUUCUACAAAGUUCCAUUUUUGCAAGAUAUUAGUUACAGAAUUUUCUCUCUUCAAAGUGGAAUAUGGAUCGGAACAAUUGUUCCAUUACUGUUCUUCUUUUUACUUUUGGUCCCCAUCACAAACAAAUAUGUUCUUUUGAUGCUCUCAUUAUGCUUUAUCAGCAUAGGGUGGACGCCUUUAUUAAUCAGCAGUAUUAUUAAAUUUAAAAGAAAAAGUUUUUCAAUGGCGUGUUUUAUUACGUUUCUAUUUUUCAUAUUACCUAUCACUAUUUUUGGUUCAACUGCAAUGAAUAUUUCAUUCGAAAUAAUGAAAAUUUUGUUGAUAGUGUUGGCAAUUAUAACCCCUAUAGGCUACAUUUUUUGGAUUACUGAAAUAUGGAACAAAUUAUACAUACUUUUCAUUUUUUGGAUUACUGAAAUAUGGAACAAAUUAUACAUACUUUUAACAAGAUUAUUUCAUAAUACUUUCAACGAAGAAAAAAAUUCACCCAUCAACAUAGCAAAUCGUAAUGAAAAUCCUAUCAUUGAUGAUAGUGCACCUCCAACUUAUGAAGAAGCAAUCGCGAUACCAUAA